AACUGAAGGGUCUACUGUAGUUUAAGUUGCUAUUCUUCUUUAGCUAGGACUUUGCUUGCUUUCCAAAUCCUCCAUUAUUUCCUUCAACUCAUCCUGGUGAAAGAAGCUGCAGCUAGCACUUCUCUCCCAAUCUUUUGAAGCAAACCCACCUCGUUCUUAUCCAGGAACACAGCCAAUUCUUCUGCAUCCGUGGGAUCCAAUCCCACAAGGCCUGUGGCUACAAUCACAAGGAACGAUUAUGUUAAUGGUUCACUCACUCUAGUAUAAAUUCCCCCUCCUAAUCAUAGCAGUCCCUAAAGUUACCAAGCUGGAAAGAGGACUCCAACUGCAAAGGUCCGUGUUGCUGUUUUGGACAGCAGGUCUAUGGUGCAGUCGUGAAUAUAAACCGUGGGAACCCAGUGGGCCAUGAGGUGAUUGUGGAUUCUUGGCCAGAUUGCAAAGCGGUCCUGACUCGUCCACGGACAGAGGGAACCAGAAUGGGAUAUAUGACGUCUCUAAAGAUGCUGCUGCCACCAAGAAAAUUCAUCUGACUGUAACUCCCCACUUCACCUACCUGAACCCUAACCCAGAUAAAAUGCCUCAGCGCCAUGCUUCCUUCCCACCCACGUUAUCUUUCCUGGAACCUGACGUAGCCCGCAGCCCCUCUUUGGCCAGCCAUGCAGAUCCUGACCUGCCCCUCCAAGUUGAAGCUGCUUGAGACUGUGCUGCAACGGCACCUGCCCCAGGCUCUUCCGGCCAACGGAGCUGUGAUGCACAUCAACCGUAGAAAUCCAGCUCAGCACGAAGUAGUGGUGGACUCUUGGCCAGAGUUUAAAGUUGUCCUUACCCGCCCACGUAAGGAGGUGGUGAAAGACAAGCAGGAUUGCUACUCCAACUUUCAUACUGCUUUCUACUGGGAUGUAGACGCCUGGCGAACACUGUUGGAAAAUGCAGAAGCCAUUGACUGGGGAAAGGCCUUUCAGCUUCAAGGGCUCCAAGAUGGCUUAUAUGAAGCUGUCAGAGAUAUUGCAGAAUCCAGACGUGUCAAUCUUAAGCCAUACUUCUACCAGACAAUCCUGCAUCCUGACCCAUCUGCCUACUGUCAGAGCCGGUACAGAAGUGGCCACUUCCACUUGGGCAGCCUAAACUCAUCUCAUUCAGCUCUGCUCAAAGAAAACUGGAGUGCUGGGCGCAAUGAUCGGAGCCUGCACUAUCUGGACAGCCUGAUCCACAACUUCCCUAGUGCUUGCCUCCUGGACAAAGAAGGCCAGCUGGUUUCCUGGUGCCUUACUGAUCAAAUGGGUUGUUUGACGCAUGGCUACACCCUCCCUCAGUACCGAGGUCAAGGCUGUGUGGCAGCUGUGACAAGGGCAACAGCUGUGAAGUUGCACGCAUGUGGGUUCCCCCUGUAUACUACGGUUUUGGCAGACAACCAGCCUAGCAAACAGACAUUGAAGCGUCAAGGAUUCCACAUCUUGCCCUUGACGAAUUAUGCACUUUUCUUUACACCAAGCCUCCAGCCCACAAGAUAAUACACUGCAACCUUUCGCUCCCAGAACUGUGCACAUCACUUCAGGGUUAGUUAGCAUCAUGGCCAGAUUUAGUGGUCUGCUCUGGACAUAUUUAAAAUUAAAUUGAAAUACAUAGCAAAGCAGCUAUUGCUGCUACUUUUCAUACCUGAUAAGAAUUAAGGUUAAAAUUAGUCCUGAUGGAUAUUCAGUCAGUCUAAAACACAUUUCCCCUUCUGUCUCUUUUAAGUCUAUCUUAAGUGUUUUUUUAAGUUUCUUUGAGACAAUCCAACUCAUAUUCUGUACAACAGAACGUCAGGCAGAGCCCAACACUUUGGACACAUCUUGUUUAGAUGCCAUCGCCAUCUAAGCAUACCUACAGAGGCACCUUUAGGCAGGGCUCGUCAUAUUUAUCUCUCCCAUAUGGUGCCCAAUUUCACCAAACACAUACAAUGCGUUUGAGACAGACAUAUAUCAGUGAUGCCAAUGCUGGUUGAGUUGCCUGUCGCCCCCUGCCCAAUACUGCAGAUAUUAUUAUUUACUAAAGCACCACAUCCAUUUAAUCAUUCAUUCACUUGCCUCACGUAAAGAGGGUAAAUACCUUGUAAAGCAUUGUAACAUCACUAGGGGGGUGUGAUGGAGGUCUCCUUCUGACACAAUAGGCAACAGUUUGUUUCUAGAGUCAGAAUAUUAAAAUUGUAUCUGGGAAGGGACCCUGGGGGUCAUCAAGUCCAACCCCCUGCAUUACAGGGAUCUCAACUAGAUCAUACAUGACAGAUUGCCAUCCAACCUCUGCUUAAAAGCCUCCAAGGAAGAAAAUCAAGAACAUUGCUCAGUACAUAGGUCAUCAGGGGGAUCCCUAAAUAUAUAUACAGCCAAUAUGUCAACAUUUAAUUAAAGGACCAAAUCAUUACAAAGACAAACAAAACCAAAAAAAAGAUGAAACCACAACAAUCUGUGUAGCGCUACUAGAUGUAAGACUUCUCACAUUGUUCCCUUUUACCACUUUUUCGAUUUAUUUCUCCAUAAGCUGUUGAUCAAGGUUUCUAGCCUUAUACUGCUUUACACAGGAACUCUAUCUAACUAUGUAUAUGCCUACCUACCAUGGAGUUUGUAUCCAAUGUUAUUCAAAGACCAAUUGAAGUAGUUUUGGAGUAGACCAAUUGAAAUGAGUGGAUCUCACUAGCUUAGGUCCAUUAAUUUCUACUGGUCUACUCUGAGUAGAAAUAAGUUGUCUACAACCCAAAAUAUCUAAGGUAAUUCUUUCUGGGCCUGUAUUGGUGUUGUUUUACAAGACUAUCUGGUAUAUUUUACAGCAUUUCUUUUAUGAAAAAAGAGAUUUCCAAGCACUUCAGUUUGUUUGUCAUUUCCAGAUUGUUUGAGCUAGAUCCAAGCUUGUUUAAAUCUAGCAUGAGUAUACUUUCCCUUGCUAAGAUGGCCAAGUUAAUCUGAGGCCAAUUUGAAUAAAGGUUUUCACCUGCUA